GUAUUGUACAGGUCUAGGAAUACCCCGUUGUUAUUUGUGUAUUAUGUCAUCACAGACGUAGCAGUUAUGAAGAUGGUGUUUUAUUUCAGUUUAGCUUUGAUGCCUGGGACUUUAUCAAAGCAUAUUUAACUUUUUAAUAUUUCAUUUAUUUAAUCAGAUAACCUGAAACGUGCCCAGAAUAUGAUGAACUAUUUCACGCACGUCUUAUAAAACACGUCACAUCUGAUUCAACGCAGUAGACAGAUAGAAAGCUAAAUGACUUCUCUAUUGCUUGUCGGUAAAACUGGUUGCGGGAAAAGCGCCACUGGGAAUUCUAUUCUCGGACGUAAAGUUUUUGAGGCUUUGACCAGCGCUACUUCGGUCACCAAAUCAGUGCAGUAUGAUUAUGCAAUGGUCAAUGAGCGGGAGGUCAAGGUUGUCGACGGUCCUGGUCUGAUGGAUACCGAUCAUUCCGCGCAUGAGUCUACAUCCAUGGUGUGCCAGGAAAUUGAGAAAGCUGUCCUGAUGAGUCCGGACGGCUACGACGCUAUUCUGAUUGUGACAGACAUGGCAAGAUUCACCAAGGAGGACAAAGAUGUCGUCAGGCAACUGAAAUCGACGUUUGGUGCAGACUUCAUUGAAAAGUAUUGCAUUUUAGUCGUGACCCACGCGGACAAUUACGACCCGGAAGAGAACGGGAAAAGCUUAGAGGAUUGGUGUGACGAUCAGACCGGAAGCUUUAAUAACAUCAAAAGGGAAUGCCUCAACAGAAUAGUUCCGUUCUUCAACAAAACCAAUGAUGAGAAUCUCAAAAAGGAUCAGAUCAAUCGCUUAUUCCAAUUCGUGGACGAAAUCCAGUCCAAACACGGUCGUUACAAUAAAGGGCUUUUUGAGGCGGCCAGAAAUGCAAGAGAGCACAUGCUGGUGAAGUUGAAAGAGCCGCUGCUGAUGGAAGAAACGGAGAAAAAGUUAAGACUCAGGAUGCAAGAGCUGCAAGAGCUGGACGAAAACAAUAAGCAUCAAGCAUUGCAAACACUUCAAUUGAUGAGAACAGAAAUACAAACUAGGCUUAGAGAGGUCAAGGAUGCGGAUCAAGGAACGCAUGCGCUACAAAACAUUGAAUGUUUCGUACAAAUUUUUCUUCAGCAAAUUGACAGUAAAACGCAAACGUUACAAUCUUCACUUGCAAUGGAAGAGAAAAUGAAAAACUUAGAAGCCAACGCCAGAAAGGAGCGCGCGAAAGAUUUGGAGGCGAUGGACCAGCUUCGAAGGGAGAUAAACAGAUUAAAAGAGAAUGAUUUGAGGUUGAAAAUGGAAUACGCUAAAAAGAUGGAGGAUUUGAAUAAGGCAUACGACAAAUUGAAACAGGACCAAAGUGAAAAGAUGCUACGAAAUAUUUGUUUAGGACUACAAGUGGCAGAGAAAUCUAUUCAUGUAGGCAGGCAAACUUACUCGUUGAUUCAGGACAUUAAAAAAAAGGGAAAGAAAUGAACAUCUUUACAAGCA